AUGCCAAGCAAUGUUUCACAAUGCCUUGUCGGUGAAGGGAUGGAACCUUUCACCUUUUUCUACUCCUUGAUUUUUCUGAUGGGAUUUAUUGGAAGCUGUUUCGCAUUAUGGGCAUUCACACGGAGAGCUGAGAAGCAGAAGUGCAUGAGCAUCUAUUUAAUUAACCUCUUAACGGCGGAUUUUUUGUUGACUUUGGCAUUGCCAGUAAAGAUUGUUGUUGACCUAGGAGUUGCGCCCUGGAAACUGACAAUAUUCCACUGUCAGGUUACAGCCUGUUUGAUCUACAUAAACAUGUAUUUAUCCAUUAUAUUUUUGGGAUUUGUAAGCAUGGAUCGUUGCCUUCAGCUAAUGUACAGCUCCAAGAUUUACCGCAUUCAGGAGCCUGGGUUUGCCAAGAUGUUGUCUGCAGUCGUGUGGAUGCUGAUUCUCCUCAUCACAGUGCCCAACAUGGCUAUUCCAAUAAAAACGAUUGAGGAAAGACCUGGUACAGGAUGUAUCAGUUUCAAAACUAAAUUUGGAAGAGACUGGCACGUGUUCACUAAUUUCAUAUGCACAGCAAUAUUCCUGAACUUUUCAGUUGUGAUCCUGAUCUCCAAUUUCCUCGUAGUCAGGCAGCUGUGCCGGAACAAACACAGGGAGCGUUACCCCAACGUGAAGAAAGGCCUGACCAACAUCCUGCUGGUGACUGCAGCCUACCUGCUGUGCUUCGUGCCCUACCACAUCGUCCGCAUCCCCUACACCCUGAGCCAGAGCGACACCAUCACCAGCUGCCCUCUCAAACAAGCUCUCUUCAAAGCCAAGGAAUCCACCCUGCUCUUUGCCGUAUCAAACCUCUGUUUCGACCCCAUCCUCUACUACCAUCUCUCCAAAUCCUUCCGACUGAAGUUUUCUGAGGCGUUUGCAGCCCCCAAAGAGGGAAAGGCUUCCAGGGACGAAGGGGCACAAGGCAGGGGGGAGCAGUAG